AUGUCGCUGGCGUGUGGGCUGCCGCUGCAGGAGUGCGUCUACUGCCUGGGGUGCGCGUGGUGGGCAUCGAAGCGGUGCGUCCACACUGGCACCGGCUACCACGACGGCGCCACCUGGGGCCACGCCGCCACCGCCGACUUUGCGCCCAUCCGCCGGAUGUGCCGCCUCGUCAUGGCCAACUACGAGACCGACCUCGCCGCCCCGCUCCUCGACCCCUCCAACGUCGUGCGCCGCCGCACCUACGCCGACACCGGGGGCCUCAACCUCGGCCGCGAGUCCGACUACGCGCUGCUCCUCGACAACCGCCUCGACAAGCGUCGCUUCGAAGGCGGCUACGUCCACAACGGCCUCCUACAGGCUGCCGGCUGGGUGCUCGACAAGGAGUGCGACCCGCUCCGGGACCUCCUUGACCGGUACCCCGACUACACGGGCCACUCCCUCGGCGUUGUCAUCAGAAAUUGGUUGCAGAAGUCAUCAGAAUUGGUUACAUGCCUGUCAUCAGAAUUUAUUUUGUUCAGUGCUGCUACUGCUAAGUUUGCUACAUGUGUGUCUGAAUUUUGUUUGAGUGCUUGCUUGCUUGCUGCUACAAAUUCAGUUGCAGAAACUAGCUACAUGCUUGUCGAUACUGAGCAACAGUUGACUCAGUUGGUGAGUUAUGCUGCAUUCUGA